UUACGAUUAAAACAAUUUUAAAAUUUACUGUAUCAUUGGCGUAUACUAUAUUCAGUGUUAGAUCACUGUUGGCGAUGUCAGACCCUCUAGCGAGUUCAGUUUGCGCGCGAGUGAAGGAUGAACCAUUAUGGGACCUGAAUCUUGAACCUCCAGGGCCGAUUGAAGAUGUAAUAAAGAUAAAGAGAGAUUCUGAAGCCUCUUGUGAUAUCAAAGGAUUCUCUGAGGAUCAGAUUUUACACAUUGGCAAUGUUGUGAAAGCAGAGAGAAGCGAGAGUGAUUAUGAGCCAUCAAUGGACCUGUACAAUAAUCAUGAGGCCAAGGACAAACUUACGCACUUAAAACCAGGGGAUAGCGGCAUUAUUGUGAAAACAGAAGAGAUUGAGGAGGAUAAUGAAGCAUUGUGGAGCUGCGAUGGUAACCAGAAGGUUAAGAAACACGCUAAAAGCAUCCUGGGUGGAUUUGGUGACACUGUUGUAAAAGUAGAGGACUGUGACAGAGAGGAGUGUGAGAAACCGGAUGUUUUGAGCCUGUUCAACAACCAUAAGGUUAAGGAAGACCUUGUUCUCGGUCCUGAGGAGUUCCAGCAGCCCAAAGUGACUUUAAAAUGUCGAGGUGGGUUGACAUCUAACCUGAACUGUUCAGUUAGACUGGAGCAGAUGCAAGUAGACAUGAAGAGUCGUACAUGCAGCAUUGGACGAAACACGUACAAGUUUGGACAGUUAUUCCUGAACUAUGAAGACUUGAUAGACGAUAGUUCUACUCGUAUUAAAAUUGAAAGACAACCCCAACAUCCCAAAACUGCGCAUCCAGGCAAAUUUACAAAGAAAAUCAUUCGAAAAGACAAAAAACCAUACAAGUGCCGCCAUUGCAGUGACUUGUUCAAAAAUAAAAAGAAACUAUUAAAUCAUGAAAAUACACAUGGCGAUACUCCUCAAUACAUGUGUCCAUACUGUGAUUACAUAUCUUCGUCACAAUCUGACGUAGGUGCACAUCUUAUGAAACACAAUGGCUCAUACCUUUUUGAAUGCUCAGUCUGCCCAUACUUUACUAAUUAUAAGAAUAAUUUCAAAAGACAUGUAUUGAUACAUGGCGUGAAUGGUAAAAAAGGUUUUAUGUGCGACCAGUGUGAUUAUUCUAGUAAUAAUAGUCGACAUUUUCUUUACCAUCGAAGGUCACAUAAUUCUGGAUAUACGCUUAUAAAAAAAAGAUGAAGAAAAUUACAUAAUAAACAAGUUAAGACGCUGACAACACCCAAUGACCUUGACGCUAGCGUACGCUGUCUAUUCGUAAUGGGAGUGAGAGCGCGAUGCCACUAAAAGAGGGCGGCUAGGUACGAAAAGUACGAAAAAAAAAAUAGGACAUUCUUACACAGAGUACCAGCCCCACGGUAAGAACAAGAAGGCUUGUAUUGUGGGUACUCGGACAACGAUAUAUACAACGUGUUUCCGGUAACACUCAAAACCUCAGACACCCCAACUGAUUUUUUUAUUUUUUUAAACU